AUGAGUCGGGCAGCGGAUAGGUGCCACCAUUUCUUCAAGGCGAUUGUGGGCUCUAUUAACUUUGAAUGGAUAAAAGAGUGUCAGGAAUCACUGGAAUCCUUAAAACAGUCAUUGCAGCAGCCACCAGUCUUGACUAGGCCAUGCUCAGGAGAUGUGCUGAGCUUAUUCUUAGCAGUGUCGAAGUAUGCGGUCAGUGCAGUACCGGUGAAAGAGUUUCCAGAGAUGCAUAAGCAUAUUUACUACUUUAGUCAGGUCAUGACCGAUCAACCUGUCAAGCAAAUUUUGCAUCGCCUUGAAACGUCUGGUAGGAUGUUGAAAUGGACAAUCGAGCAGAGUGAGUUCGACAUUGUGUUUAGGCCAAGAACGGCCAUCAAGGCACAAGUGUUGGUAGACUUUAUCGUAGAGCUAACAACUCCGCCUGACUACCCCCUACAAACAAAAGAGUUUGGAAAAUCUGUGGAUGGAUCCUCAUAUGGAGAGGGGUCCAGAGCAGGCAUCAUUAUGAUAGGACCAGAAUUUGAAGAGCUGGAAUAUUCGUUACGCUUUGAGUUCUCAGCAACGUAUAAUGACGCUGAGUAUGAGGCAAUCAUCACGGGAUUGAGUUUGGCAGCCAUACUUGGGAUGACAUCAGUUGAAAUCUGCAGUGAUUCCAAGCUAAUUUUUGGAUAG